AUGCUCGCCACUAAGGGCAAAGAGGUGAAAAAGAAGAAGAAGUCGAAGAGACAACCGGACAGCGAACGUUGCCACGAGAGACGCGUGCUGUACCGGCCUUCUCCGUUCCUUACCUACAUCCUACCCAACGAGUACAUCAGCAUACCGCCAGCGAGCAACCUGCCCGCUUACCCGCACAACCGGCUGCCCUUCCCGUGGGGAAUUCGACUUCCGCUGCCGAAGUCUCAACGCAACUCACCGGAUCUUCCGCAGUGCUCGCCCCUGCCGCUCUUCCCGCCGGAAAAUAUAAUAGCGUUUUCCUACCAACAUUCCUCCAAGCACUACCAGACGUGUGCUGACAAUAAAGCUGAGCAUAAUCUGGAAUGGCUUUGAAGUUAUGCAUGUG